GGAGGAGAAGGAGGGGCAAAGUAGGAGACAGUGACAGAGGAAAGUACAGGAAGAGACAGGAACAAUCAUCACUACAGUUGUUUUCUGACGUACAAGACCUGACCAAGUGGGAUGAAUCCAGACCGGCACAUCCAGAUAAUCCUGGUCCUCUACCUUCAGUGCAUCUACGUGUGCACGAUGGCCCCGGCUCGUGGCCAUGCAGAGGGGAGACUGCUUCAGCUUUUAUUCCGCAGAUAUAACAAACUCUCACGUCCUGUGCAGAACAUCUCAGAUGUGGUUCUGGUUCACUUCGGCCUUUCCAUCGCACAGCUCAUUGAUGUAGAUGAAAAGAAUCAAAUGAUGACCACCAAUGUUUGGGUGAAACAGGAAUGGAGUGAUUACAAGCUGCGCUGGAACCCUGAGGAGUUUGAGAAUGUCACUUCCAUCCGAAUUCCCUCUGAGCUCAUCUGGAGACCUGAUAUUGUUCUCUACAACAACGCUGAUGGAGAUUUCGCUGUGACUCAUUUGACCAAAGCCCAGGUGUUCCAUGAUGGCAGAGUGAAAUGGAAGCCUCCUGCCAUAUACAAGAGCUCCUGCAGUAUUGAUGUCACGUUCUUCCCUUUUGAUCAGCAGAACUGUAAGAUGAAGUUUGGCUCAUGGACGUAUGACCGAGCUAAGAUCGAUUUGAUCAGCAUGGACAGCAACGUGGACCAAAUGGACUACUGGGAGAGUGGUGAGUGGGUCAUCAUCAACGCUGUUGGAAAGUACAACAGCAAGAAAUAUGAAUGCUGCACAGAAAUCUACCCAGACAUCACAUACUACUUCAUCAUCCGACGGCUCCCACUGUUCUACACCAUCAAUCUGAUCAUCCCAUGCUUGCUGAUAUCGUGCUUAACCGUGCUUGUGUUCUACCUGCCCUCGGAGUGUGCCGAGAAGAUCACGCUGUGCAUAUCGGUACUCCUUUCACUCACUGUCUUCCUCCUGCUCAUCACAGAAAUAAUCCCUUCUACCUCACUGGUCAUCCCGCUCAUCGGUGAGUACCUGCUCUUCACCAUGAUCUUUGUCACUCUUUCCAUCAUCAUCACGGUGUUUGUGCUGAACGUGCACCACCGCUCAUCCCGCACGCAUCGGAUGCCCCAUUGGGUCCGUCAGCUUUUUCUUCACCAUGUACCACGGUACCUUUUCAUGAAACGUCCACCCGCUGCUGGAAAGAGGAACUGCCGCAAGCUGAUCGAAAUGAUGCACAGGCCAACGGCACUGCAGCCCAUCCAGCAGGGUAAUCCUGCCAUGGCCAUGCCCCCUGAUCUUUCUGCCUCAUCGUGUGCAAUACAGCGAGAAGCAGCAUCCAAAUCUCCUCUUUUCUGCAGCUCUCCCAGCAGUCAGUACUCCAUCCUUCAAGAGGACUGCACACACAAAACAAACCUCACUCCUGGACCCACAUGCGCUCAUUUAAACACCUCAACUUCCUCAAGCUCUUCGUUGUCUCCAGAUGCAGCUCUUGGGCCUCUGCUUCAAACAAUAGCUUUGAGUGAGGUUUGUGAAUUUCAGUGCCACAGCGCAGAGAGUGUAUUUGUGGACACUACAGAGGGUGAGACUGAAACUCUUUGGCAUUGUCAUAAGCACAAGGAGACGAGUAUACAGACAUACUUCACUGCAGAGAGAGGUCAAAGUACAGGUGCUUGUGUGAGACCCAAGGUACAGAGCUCUCAAAUCUUAAGCCCUAACUGCAGGAAAGAAUCCAAGCUGGAGGAAACCAAAUUUCCAGAGUCACAGUCACUCUUGAGGGCCCUCGAGGGAGUCCAGUACAUCGCAGAUCAUCUCAGAGCUGAGGAUUCAGAUUUUUCGGUAAGAGAAGACUGGAAAUAUGUUGCCAUGGUGAUUGAUAGAAUAUUUCUCUGGAUGUUUGUGCUGGUGUGUAUCUUGGGGACGGCUGGACUGUUUCUACCUCCUUGGUUGGCUGGAAUGAUCUAGAACCUUACAUGGAGCUCAACAUUGGACAAGUCACUCAGACAAACACUUCCAAUGUCCUUCGCCAUAUCCAAUGUUUUUGUUUCACGGGAUCACAUUGCAAUAUGUCCGGAGUGUCCGAUA